AUGCAUAUAGUCGAGCUGGAAUCCAGGCUUGACCAGCUGACAUCUGAGAAUCGCGCUCUCCAUGACGCGAGGCAGAACGCGGAGCAAACUCACGAAGCAACCAGCUAUCAGCACGAUGUCAACAGCCAAGCAUUGCGCCAAGCGCUUGAUGCGCGGGAGCUGCAGUUGCAAGAAAAGGACGCCGAGAUCAGCCAGAUACGUGCGAUCUUAGAGCCAUUGCAGGGAGAGAUUGCACGGCUUGCCGACCUCAAUGCUGGACUUACCGAUGCCAACAGGAAGCUUGUCGACGACAGCAAUGGCCGCUACGGUCAGCUUCAUGCCGAACAUACCCACGCUCACGAGCAGUGGCAGAGCACAAGCCGCGAGCUGGAUCAAAUACGAGAAGAACACGGCCGGCUCACGACAGGCAUGCAGCAGAUUGUAGAGACUGAAGUCGCAAACGCGGUCGCGGACAAAAACGCAGAGAUUCACCACUUGCGCGAAGAGCUCGACAUCGCCACUGAGCGUAUUCGGGCCCUCCAAGUUCAGAUCCAGUCCUCGAGGCCGUAUGAGUUCCUAACCAUCCGAGACGAAGACUACUUUGACGGCGCUUGCCAGAAGCUCUGCCAGCAUGUUCAGCAGUGGGUCUUGCGGUUUUCGAAAGUCUCAGACAACCGCGUCUGCAGACUCUCCUCCCAGUUGCAAGACGACAAGAUUGAGAACCGCUUGGACAAUGCAAUCUUGGACGGCUCAGACGUCGAUAAGUUGCUCGCCGACCGCAUCAGAAGGCGAGACGUUUUCAUGUCGGUGUUGAUGACUAUGGUCUGGGAGUACGUCUUCACCCGCUACCUCUUCGGCAUGGACCGAGAUCAGCGUCAGAAACUCAAGGCUCUGGAAAAGGUGUUAGCGGAAGUCGGACCACCUCGCGCAGUCGCUCAAUGGCGUGCUACGACGUUGACACUCUUGUCCAAACGGCCAGACUUUGCCCGCCAGUGCACCAUGGAUACAGAAGCCGUCGCGCACGAGAUCUACGCACUGCUUUGCGCUCUUCUCCCGCCGCCACCGAAUGCAGAACAGCAGCUGGUAGCGUCAUUGCAGAAGGUCAUCAGCGUUGCCGUCGACCUGUCGAUCGAAAUGCGUACGCAACGCGCAGAGUACAUCAUGCUCCCACCCCUCCAGCCGGAGUAUGACAUGCAAGGUGAAUUGGCGCGUCAAGUGCACUUCAACGCGUCACUCAUGAACGAGCGCUCCGGACUCUUUAGCUCGAAUGAAGCGCUGGAGCAGGAUCGUGCGGUGGUGAAGAUUGUACUGUUCCCGCUUGUGGUGAAGAAAGGAGACGAAAGCGGAGAGGGUGAGGAGGAGAUCGUGGUCUGCCCAGCGCAAGUGCUUGUGCAGAACGAGGGUGGGAAGGCAAAGAAGGUUGUUAGAGUCAUGAGCGGCGCCAUGGAGAUUGAUGACCCACGUAGGAGCAGGCAGAGUCUGGUUAGUACGGCGCCAGGGAGUGCGGCGUUCUAG